GGUUAAUAAAGAAAAAAGGUUAUAUAAAUGCCUUAGACACAGCCAAGCAAACCAAAAAAACUUCCCUCCUCCCCAGUUGUUGUUUGUCAUAGUCACCUUCACCUUCACCUCGCUCAGUUUCCUCUUUCUUUCUUCCUUUCCUUGGACUGUUGUGGCUACAUUGAGACUAUGAAACAUAGACAAUCAUACAAACACCAUAAGCUCCACGGUUUCGCUUUCUCACUCACUCAACCACCUCUGCGACUCUCUCUUCCUUCUUUGCUCCUUUCGAUUUCCUUCUCUCACGUUCGCAGAAAUUUCGUUAAACUGAUGUUCAUCCACUUUAGAAAAAUUGCGACUUCAUUAAAACCCAAGUUCUCAAAUUCCCUCAACAAGCUUUAUUCCCAUCUGCCAUUGAAAUUGAAGCAUUCCCCUGAGCUCAACCUGCCGUCUCAACAUUCUCCAGAAACCCUCACAAGUUCCCAACUCAAGGCUCUAGUUCUCAGUCGUUUCUCCCAUGGGAAGUUCGUCGACCUUUUUCAAAAUGUCGUUGCCUCUCCCUCCGUUCUUCUCACUGCCUCCCAAAACCUCAUCACUCCGCCAUUCAGUAAUGCCCCCGAUUCCUUACCCCUUUUCGAUUUGGUCUCCAAAUGCUUUUCGGUCGAGGUCAUGGCUCGGGAGCUCUCUGAAAAUCGUUUUGAUGUUGGAGCUUGCUGUGUUCCGAUGGCACCAUUGGAAGAGAAAGGUGAGUCUCUGCUUUUACCGAAUUUAAAAUUGAAGGUUUUAAUUGAGGCUAUUAGGAUGGUGAUGGAAAUUGUUUAUGACGAACGAUUUGUAACUUUCUCUUACGGUGGGCGUGUCGGUAUGGGGCGACACACUGCGAUUAGGUACCUGAAAAACUCGGUGCAAAACCCUAGUUGGUGGUUUACUGUUGCAUUUCGUCGCAAAAAGUUUGAAUCUGUACAUGUAAAUACGUUGUGUUUAUUGAUGCAAGAGAAAAUUAAGGAUGAUAUUCUGAUUUAUAUGUUAAGGAAACUGUUUGAAGUGGAAGCAAUUCAAAUUGAAUUGGGUGGUUGUUAUUUAGGAAGGGGUUUCCCUCAGGAAAGUGGUUUGUGUUCCAUCUUGUUAAAUAUAUACUUCAAUGGCUUUGAUAAGGAAAUUCAACGAAUUCGACUCCAAAAAAUUGAAGAAAAUCCUAAGUUCAAUCUGGAUGAGAUUGUUUCUUUUCAUAAUCCAGUAAAAAUAUAUGCUGUUAGAUAUCUGGAUGAGAUAUUAGUUAUAACGUCAGGGUCAAAGAUGCUAACAAUGGAGUUAAAAAGCCAGGUCCUAAAGUAUUUAGAAGGGAAUUUAGAACUGGAAGUCGAUCGAAUGAAUACUGCGAUUCAUAGUGCUGUCUCAGAGAAAAUUGGUUUCUUAGGAAUGGAACUACGGGCUGUACCACCGUCAGUUCUACAUCCACCAAUGUCAGAGAAGGCAAUCAGGGCAAGGAAGAAGUACCUUAGACAGAAGGAAGUUAGAGCAAUAGAAUUGAGAAAUGCCCGUGAGAGAAAUAGGAAAAAAUUGGGAUUGAAGAUAUUGAGUCAUGUGUUCAAGAAAUUCAAGAGAACUGGUGGGUUCAAAUCUGAAUUUCAAAUUGAGAAGGAAGUUAGAAGUAUCUUCAGAAACUGGGCCGAUGAAGUGGUGCAAGAUUUCUUUGAGUCCUCUGAAGAUCAUGCAGAGUGGCACCGUGUGCUGUCAGCAGGUGACUUCCUCUCUUUAAAACACAUAAGAAAUCAAUUGCCAGAAGAUCUUGUGAAUGCUUAUGAUAGGUUUCAAGAUCAAGUAAACAAGCACUUGAAUCCUGUAAAGUUUAAAAAGGAAAAGGCUCGGGAGGAUGAAGAGAAAAGAUUGGAGGAAGAAGAACUAUAUGCCAAAAGAACAGUUGACGACUUAACAAGGCUAUGCAUCAAAGUUGAUGCUCCUAUAGAGCUUGUUAGGAAGGCAGUCAGGAUGGUUGGGUUUACAAACAACAUGGGUCGCCCUCGGCCAAUCAGCUCACUCAUUGUUCUUGAAGAUGCUGAUAUUAUCAAGUGGUAUUCUGGUGUAGGAAGACGGUGGUUAGACUUCUUCUGCUGUUGUCAUAACUAUAAGAUGGUCAAAACUGUUGUAACUUACCACUUAAGGUUUUCUUGUAUUUUGACAUUGGCAGAAAAGCAUGAAUCAACCAAACGAGAAGCCAUGAAACAUUACAGUAAGGAUUUGAAAGUCUUCGAUCUGAAUGGCAAUGAAGAAAUGCACUUCCCAACAGAAAAAGAAGUUAAGAUGUUGGGAGAAAGAAAUCUUGCAGACCCGUAUCCUGUUGAUGGUGCUUUAUCUUUGCUUCUGAUUAGGUUAGCCACUGAUGAAGCUUCCUAUCCUUGUAUUGCUAAUUUUUGCAAUAGAACAAACUCUAUUUUAUACCGUGUCCGAUUACUGCAAAGGACUCUGAAUGUCAAUCCAUCUGAUGGAGUGGAAUGGGUGAGAGGGAUGGGAGUGAUUCAUGAAAGUUUAAAUCAGAGAUGCCUCCCUCUUUGUGCUGAUCACAUUAGUGAUUUAUACAUGGGGAAAAUUAACCUUCAAGACUUGGAUUGCACCUUAUCAUUGGAUAUGGACUGAAUGUAGUUCACGUUACUUUUGAGUUUCUUUCAUCCUCCAUGUCGACAAGAUGGUAUCAUGACGUCUUAGCCACCCCUCCUUUGUGUGCCAAUCUGGACUGUAAACAAAUUAUUCAAUUCAACGAAUGUUGGUGAACUGAUGGCCAUUUCAAGGAGGCAAAAGGGGUGUGAACAGACUAUUUAUGGAGAAGGCAGGAGUAGAGAGACUUUGAGAGAGAGAAAAUACGAAGUAACUUCUUGAGCCUGCAUUAUUCUCUCUUAUUUGUAGGGAGUUAUUGAAAGAAUGAACAUCUUUUGUGUACCCUUCGAUAGGAUCCAUUUGUAGGAUAUUUCAUUCAUCAGUGAAUCGUUUCUUAAAAACUGAAGAAAGUGGUUCACUGUUCUGGAAGCCAUGUACAGGCUCAUCUCAUGGAAAGAUUGAAUUAUAUCAUUUGGUCUCUGAGGUUUAGAGUUAGAUUUUAGUUUUUUGGUUUUUCAUAUAUUCUCGACUAUGCUGUAGAGGCAAUUUAUUUGUUAUUCUUAGUUCUCAUGUUUUUACUAGUUUGUAUGGAUAUAACGAGGGCACCAAAGGGUCGUCAACCUAGUUAAGAUAUCCGAGUACGUCUACUGAUCCAUAAGUUAUCUUGCUCAUUGUAUAACUCUCUUGUUCCUUUGAGCUUUUGUCUCAAUUUAUGAUCAUUAAUAAAAGAGACUCGUUUCCCUUCCAAAAAAAGAUAUGGUCCUUGAAGCUUCAGAAGAUACUUUUAGAAUCUCUGAAGUUCAGAAAAAUGUUCAAGAUAAUCCCCACAGUUUUUUCUUCUUUGUUUGUUCCUACUGAUAUGGAAAAUUUUCAGCCCAUUCUGCUUUCAUUUUUGUCAUAGCUUCAAUUAUUCUUUUAUAUUUUGUUGUUACGAGAUGUUAUUUAUUGGGCUCCUGGUGAAUUGAUCAAUCGUGGCCGCAAUCUUCUCCAGCAUUGGCAAGUACCCUCUGGAGGGGGAGAAGAAACUGGUGGGAGCGGGAAGGGUGGAGAUGACAAGAGAGAAGGAAAAAUAUCACAUAAGCCCAAAUAAACUUUUAAAAAUUAGCAAAAAAACAUGCCACAUCAAUGAUCCAUUAAUCAACUAAUCGUGACUUUAGAGUCCAUUUAGAAAUAUUUUCCCAUCCUAAAGGAUUGAGGUGUUUUUGGGAUGAAAAGUGCAUUUUGCCCUAGUUUAAAUUCUCCAAAUUUUAUGGACUAAAAGUGCAUUUUGCUAGUUUAUAUGAUUGGAAGGUAGCUAGUGGAUAUAGUUGAGUAAAUUAUUAAUUGUUAUUCUUUGGGAGUUUGAGUUUAUAUUGUGGAUUGACUUAUUGAUUGUAAUUCUUUCUGAGUUUGCUAGUUAAUGAAUAUCACGGGUAAAACAUCUAAAAAAAAAUGUGUGCAAUGUGAUUAUGUUUAAAUAACUGUUCCUGUUCCUGUUCCUGUUCCUUGUAAUAUGGUUUUACCUUUGCUUCAAUAACCAGGAACUCAAACAAAAAGGAGGCAGUUAAAGAGAAACCAAUUCCAGAGUUUGUUGGUUUUUCUUCCAGCUAACGUACGUGACAAUCAAGAGCUUUUAUUAAACUCAAAAGUCAUAAAUGUCAGAACAUUAAGUUGCAUAGGAUUCAUGUUGAUACUAGAUAUAAGAGAUAAUGAAAGUUGGCUUAAUAAAGUGCGUACUUGAUGUAUCGGAAAGUUCCUAUUCUUUCAUAUUCAGGUCCUCCGAUCCUCUGGGGUCUGACCAAACAAUUAGGCAAGGAGCAUGGUGGCCACCAACAGGAAUUUGUGGUUGCCCUUCAAACUUCAAAGAGAACUCACUUCCAUGUCCAACAAUUUCACUACACUCCUUUUGCGAUUUUUGUCAUUAUUUGUUAAAUGUGAGAAGGGGGUGUUUGAGAAUAUGUUUUUGCUUUUAUGGAAAUCGGCUCAAAUUUUCAAAUUGAUAAUACAAAUGGAUGUUAGUUGAGUUAUACUCA